UCAAAUGGAUCCGACGGCCUAGAUCGCAGCUUCGAGUCGGUCCCGACGCCGCUCAAGUCGGUGGAUUACUCCACCGGAAAUGAGUUCUCCUACGCCUCGCAGGCCAGCACCGCAACCUCAUCGUCGUCGCAAAUGGAAGAAGUGGAAGAAGAGAUGAAGAGAUUAAGGCUGGAGCUGAAGCAUACAAUGGAUAUGUACAACAACGCCUGCAAGGAAGCAAACACGGCCAAUCAAAAGGCGAGGGAGCUGCAGAAGUGGAAGAUAGAGGAGGAGAAGAAGGUUCACGAAGUCAAUGUGGCAGAGGAAGCGGCCGAGAGGGAGAAAACGAGGUACAAAGCCAUGGAGGAGGCGGGGCAGGCGGAGAACCGCAUCGCGGAGCUGGAAGCGAGGAAGAGAGUGACUGCAGAGAUGAAAGCGAUCAAGGAGUCGUCGGAGAGGGACUCGAUCGGACCGAUGCGCCAUGAUUUGCGGUAUCGGAAGUACACGAUCAAUGAGAUCGAGGUGGCGACGGAGUACUUCACCGAUCGGCGCAAGAUCGGGGAGGGCGGCUACGGGCCGGUGUACAAGUGUCACCUGGACCACACGGCAGUGGCGGUGAAAGUUCUCCGGCCGGACGCGGCCCAGGGGAGGUCGCAGUUCCACCAGGAGAUCGAAGUGCUGAGCUGCAUCCGCCACCCGCACAUGGUGCUGCUGCUGGGCGCCUGUCCGGAGUACGGCUGCAUCGUGUACGAGUACAUGGCCAACGGCAGCCUCGAGGACCGCCUCUUCCGGCGCGGCAACACGCCGGCGAUCCCCUGGCAGUACCGCUUCCGCAUAGCCGCUGAGAUCGCCACCGCGCUGCUUUUCCUCCACCGCAUGAAGCCCGAGCCGCUCGUUCACAGGGAUCUCAAGCCGGCCAACAUCCUUCUCGACCGGAACUACGUCAGCAAGAUCGGCGACGUCGGGCUCGCCCGCCUCGUGCCGCCCUCCGUCGCCGACAGCGUGACGCAGUACCGCGUCACCUCCACCGCCGGCACCUUCUGCUACAUCGACCCGGAGUACCAGCAGACGGGGAUGCUCGGAGUGAAGUCCGACAUCUACUCCCUCGGCGUCAUGCUGCUGCAGAUCAUCACCGCCAAGCCGCCGAUGGGGCUCACCCACCACGUCAGCCGCGCGAUCGAGCGCGGGGAGCUCGAAUCCAUGCUCGACCCGGAGGUGGCCGAUUGGCCCGUCCACGAGGCGCAGCGCUACGCCGAGAUAGCACUCAAGUGCACGGAGCUCCGGCGGAAGGACCGGCCGGAUCUGGAGAAGGUAGUUCUACCGGAAUUGAACCGGCUGAGGGCGCUAGGAGAUUGCAACUUCGUCUUCUUCCCCAUCAGGACUCCUACGGAUGGCUCGCCUGGUUGUCAAGUUUCUCAUCAUCAGGUGAACCAUUUUCAUCGCAUCAAAACAAACAAGAAUGUGAAUUUACCGGAGUUCUGAUUGAUCAUCGUUGAGAAUUUCUUGUAGGAUGCGAUGAGCGAUCCGCUGAUGGGCCAAGAAAGACACGGUUUUAACGGGUACGCGAACAUGUCAUCGUAAGAUGGUAAGAACUGCUGAGUCUGGUACUUCAUCCAGCAUGGGUUUCUAUGCGGGAGAUGAACGUAGUCGCCAAAACAUAUAAUCUUUAACGAAAUUGUGUGUAUCAGUUCACUGACUAAGUUUUAUUGAUUCUCUAUUAAAAACUUUAUCUAUCUAAAUACAACGACUGGCUUCCCUGUAA